AUGUCCUAAACUGAAGACAUGCAGCUGGCUUCCGAGGACUGCGUCGCCCUCUCCGUCUACACCUUCACCUUCUUUCUGGGCCUUCCCGCCAACGUGCUGGUGCUGUUCGUGUACGUUCGCAAGGCCCGCAAGCGCGGCGCCACGCCCAACGUGGUCUACGCCCUCAACCUGUGCGUGGCCAACCUGGUGCUCGUGGCCUGGCUUCCCGUCAAGGCUCUGGAGACGUUGCUUCAAGACUGGAGGCUGCCGGCGCUCGUCUGCCCCGUCUUCAGCUUCUUCCUCUUCUCCUCGCUGUACGGCAGCUGCCUGUUCAUCACCGCCGUGACGGUGGGGCGCUACCUCAGCAUAGCGUUCCCGAUUAUCUACAAGAGGUACCGCCGCGCUCGAAUCUCGUGCUUCGUCAGCGUCGCCUUGUGGGCCUUGGUGCUCCUUCACCUCAGUUUCGCCUUGGUGGCUGAAGGAGGCGCCAACUUUAUCUCCAUCAAGAACGACUCCUCAGCCUGCUACAGCAACUUCAGCUCCACCCAGCUGGCCGUCCUGCUGCCUUUACGCUUCGAGAUGGCCAUCGUCUUGUUCCUGCUGCCUCUCGUCGUGACGUCCUUCUGCACGCUGCGCUGCGUCACCCUGGUAUGGCGCUCAAAUUUGCGUCCUGUGGGGAAGAGGAGAGUCCUGGCUGUCGCUCUCUCCACGCUGGCCGUGUUCGUGGUGUGCUACGCGCCCUACAACACCUCGCACGUCGUGGGGUUCGCGUUGAACAAGAACAUCGAGUGGAGGAUGUACGCCAUGCUGACGAGCUCCUGUAAUGUUUUCCUGGAGCCCGUGGUCAUGCUGAUGCUGUCGCCAGCUGUGUCGAGGGGGAUCAUGGGGAGAAUUUGCGGACGACAAAGCCAGUUCAGUCGGAUCGAGGGGUGUCGGCAUCGAUGCAACAGCACUGUCGUCGCAAAUGUCAAGGCUCCACAUACGCUAUCUGAGAGGAGCCAGGCGGGAGCCGAGGUGACGAGAGAAAGUCAGGAGUGGGGUCACAGCGGGCGGACAGUUCAGGGACUUCAGGGGAAAAUAACUGUGACAAAUCCAGAAGGAGAAACAGGAUAAAAACAUUCAUGGACAGUC